UUUGAGUGGCAUCGUCUAGUCAGGGCGUCGUCGGAACAGUUAAACAUGUGUCAGUCCACAGGCCUGCCUUCAUGGGUAUACCCUUUCCCCCCCCUUCGGAGGACACGCCGCCCCCAACACGUCCGAAGCCCGUUUGGGCUCAAGCGGGGUUUCCAUUCGCUUUCUCCUCCGACCUCCCGUUUCCGGGGUCGCGAUUCGUGCUCCCCACCAUUCGCCCGCCUUAAGCUGCUCGCGGCUGGUUGGCGCGGCGGCGCCUGGCGGCGCGACGGCGGCGCCGUGGCGCGACCGCGGGGUCGAACCGCAUGGCAGAGGAGACGGAGGCGGAGGCCUUUUUCGCGGGGGACGGUGCUGCGUCGGACGACGGCCGCAGUGGUGCCACCGACCUCCCCACGCUCAUCCUGCCGCUGGAUGUUUCUGCUGGCGGGUGCAACUGUUCCACUGGGUUCACGUCUGGCGGCUUGGAGUGUCGGUUCGCCUCGCGAGCGGUCCGGGUCUCACGCGAGAUGCCGCCUGCCCGCUUCGUGAGAGCCCAGUUCCUGUUCAGCACCAGCGGCUCCCGGGACUGGUGGGCGCGGAGCAGUGGCCAGGCGGGAGGCAUCUCCGAACGCCCGCUGCUCCACCUGUGCACGGAGCGGCUUUGCUCGGUCAUCAUGUGCCCGCCCAGCUACGCGGAGCUCAUGCACGUCGUGGACGGGGGCAAGCUGGGGUUGUUGGAGCUGCGGGCACACGAGGAGUGCUUGCAUAGCAUCUCCGGGGCGGCCUGGCCGACGGACGUCCUCGGACCGCUGGAGGCUGCUCGGGCUGCAGUGGUCCCGAGUCGGCCUGCCGCUGCAGCCAAGAGUCUCCCUGCUCCGCCUGUGGCGGGCCCGUUCGACGGACACCUGGGGCCCGCUUCGCCAGCCUUGUCCGACUGCGAGUCGGAGUUGAGCCGCAAGAGUUCGAGGCCGCGCGCUCACUUCGACAUUCAGAAGCGUGGCCGAGCCGGCGUGGACUUCACUUGCGACGCGGAGGUUGCCACGGCUGCUGGAGAGCCCCCACCCAAGAAACGCUCCUCCGGCGACCUCCUGCAGGAGUGGGCGGCGAAGCUGAAGGCCUUGCCUGGUGCGGAUGCUGCCCGCGGCUCGCGGGAGCCUGCCCCAGGCGGGGCGACCUCGUCGCAGGACGUGGGGGCCGGCCAGCGGGAGCUCGCGCGGGCUCUCCUGCAGGCGAUGCGCGAGGGGAAGGAGCCGGCCAGCACCAGCGAGCUCAUCAGCGACGGCGCGGGCUCCACCGACCCUGCGGGGGCCCCGAGGGUCUUGGCGGGCAAGAGGGCCAGAGGGCCUACUGCCGUCGUCGGCUAGCUUCCAGCUCCCUUGGCCGGCUCAUCGAGCAUAGUCUGCAGCAGAUGGCGGACUUCGUCGGCUCGCAGGAGGGCGAGGCUGCCGUGGGUGCGAAGAGUCCGAUUGCGCUGCGGUAUUUGCUCACGAUCUACCUGCCGCAUCACCCGUGCGGGACAUCGGUGUCCAGACGUGCCGGGGGCCGCGCGCGCUCGCCGAGUCGGUCAAUCUGCGAGUGCAGGGCGAGGCCGCCCACGCCUACGAUUUGCUGAUCCGGCGCCUCAAGGCGGCGCAGGUCUCCACCUCUGGCGGCAACUGGUCGGCGGCGAAGUGGCGGGAGCUCAUGCCGCCGCGGCGCGAGCCGACCGCGAUCCGCAGCGAGGAGGAGGGGAAGAUGAAGCUCGACGAGCUCGCGCCGCGGCUGGGGCCCAUGUGUAUAUAUAUUUAUAGAAGUCUGGGCGGUAAAGCUCGCGAUCGCCCGCGCCCCCCGCCCCGAUAGCGCCGCGCUGUUCCCCCCGCGCGUUUCAGGGAGUCCCCCAAUACACACAAUUUUCAGAACGAUAUCACUAGUACUUCUUGUCUCCGCCAUGAUGGCCCGCAGUUUCUCGGUUUCUCGCGUAGGCGAUGCGAGCUCUGUGGUGGUAUGCCCGCCUCGCUGCGCUGCGACGCAGUGGCGGCAUGCGAUAUCACUUCCCAACCUCCGAAAUUUUGCGGUCGAACACAGAUAGGUUCCACCCCGUCGCAAGCGCGACUGCAAAGACCAACUCGGUGCGCUGUUUGGCCUCGUCUUGCCUUGUCCUCGUUUUCCCCUCCGUGAUGACACGCGUGAGCUGCAUUGGCUUGCCGAAUUUGCCCCUGGGCCAGAAUUUGGCCCACAGAGGGCCCUGCGGGACGUUGCCGACGACGUCUGGAGCCCUCCCUCGUCCCGCCCUCUUUACACCUCCUGACGCCUCUCCCACUCCUCCUCCAUCCCCCUU